UCGCUCACACACCGAAAGCAAGUGAUGGGAGACCGACUCAGUCCCUGACGUGCGCUAUCGCUCACCUGGCGGUAUUCUCAUUGCAUCUUUUAUUUUACUGGUUCUCGACAUUUUGCGCGUGUGUGUGUGUGUGUUUUUUUUUUUUUUAAAUCCAGAAUAAAAGACACCCAUCAUUUCUUCCAAGCAGAAAACCCCGAUGUCGGCUGUACUGUGCGCUUUGGGCACCGGUUCCCCAGGAUCUCAGUCAACGGCAGAGGAGUGAGGAGCUUUUGCCAAAAUGCCUGUUAACCGGAAUAUAACUUUCCCACAGUGGUCCUAUGGAAUAUAGUCCGAUUUCACACAAUCUACAUGUUGUGCCAUCACCCCACGUGAAAAACAAACUCUUCGUCUUCUGCAUAAUGCUGUCCCUCUGGGUGUAUAUGAUUUAUUGCUGUGUCGGCUACUGCUCGACGGUGCCCAACCUGACGACGUACGGCUCGGCGAAGGCACACCGCAACGAUUCGGAGGCGGGCGCGCAGGAGCCCGGGUCCUCUCCGGGGGCCUCCAGGGACUUGCUGAAUAACGAGAGCGAUCCGGACAGCCGGGGAGAGGAGUGGGAUGAAAUGAGAGGCGAGGCGAAGCCGUCGGACGACAACGCCGUGUCGGGUUUCCCCGACGGGUCGGAAAGUAAAAAGUUCCCGCAGGCGAUCAUCAUCGGGGUGAAGAAAGGAGGAACCCGCGCGCUGCUGGAGUUCCUGCGCCUGCAUCCAGACAUCCGAGCGGUGGGAGCGGAGCCGCACUUCUUCGACCGCAACUACGACAAGGGACUGGAGUGGUACAGGGAAUUGAUGCCCACGUCAGCAGAGGGCCAAUUGACCAUGGAGAAGACCCCCAGCUACUACGUCACCAAGGAGGUCCCCGCCAGGAUCUACAGCAUGUCGACGGACACAAAGCUGAUUGUAGUUGUGCGGGAUCCUGUCACCCGGGCCAUCUCGGACUACACCCAGACUCGCUCCAAAAAGCCGGACAUCCCGUCUUUCGAGAGCCUGGCCUUCAAGAACGCCUCGGCGGGUCUGAUCGACACCACGUGGAGCGCCGUUCAGAUCGGCAUGUACGCCAAGCACCUCGAGCGCUGGCUGCGGUACUUCCCCGCCGGGCAGCUGCUGUUUGUCAGCGGUGAGCGUCUGAUCAGCGACCCGGCCGGCGAGAUGGCUCGCGUCCAGGACUUUCUCGGGCUCAAGAGGGUGGUCACAAAGAGUCAUUUUCACUUUAACCCAGCGAAGGGAUUCCCCUGCCUCAAGAGACCGGAGUGGAACAGCAAGCCCCACUGCCUGGGCAAAACCAAAGGCAGGACCCAUCCCAACAUUGACCCAAAGGUGGUGCAGAGGCUACGGGACUUUUAUAAACCCUUUAAUAGUGAAUUUUACCGGAUGACUGGCCAUGACUUUGGCUGGGACUGAGAGGAUAACUACAGACUCAUGCCGGUCUCUUGUCUGUGUUUUCCCUCCGGAGAUAUUGCUAUACAGUGUAUGUACAUUAUUUGGUGGAUGUGUAAAAAGUCUAGAAGUCUAUUUUAUGAUAAUUUAUUGUUAUUGAUAUUAACUCACUUAGUUGCCUAACCAGGUUCAUUCAAGAUCUACGACACGCUUCAUGUUCCAGUUUCAGUCCUCAUUGAGUACAUGAACCUUUUUACAAAAGCACAAUGUUAACACGGGUAUUAUGAGGGUCAGCAUCCUUCCGGAUGUUUUACCACUUGUGGCUCUUUUACUUUUUCUUUGGCAUCACCUUAAACUGAACGAGAUCCGGCCUCACAAACCACCGGUAAUAUCCCCUUAACAUUUGCCUGACCCUCGGAGGUCCAGGGACCCACUUAGCCAGGUCGAUACUGGCCUCAGCUGAUCCAGUGCUACUUGCCAGGUGGAUCAAUACUGUAAUAGCUCCUCAUCAUGUCAAUUAGACCUGAGUGAUGGCACUGCCUUGAUCUCUCCAGCACCGCAAUAAAUUAUGGAUCCACUAAUGGUAGUAACUUCAUGGUUCACCUCGGAGCCAACUUCAAAUUAAUAUAAUAAGGUACGUUUACACUGCAAUGUUUUGACUUAACUAUUUAUAUUAUUUCUACAAAGGAAUUCUGAUCAGGCAGCAGUCGAGGGUCUGGCGCACAGGCAUCAUAAUGUCUGUCAUUUAUUGCUCUUUCCAAAAAGAAUAUGAUUCACAUGUUUUAAUCGCACGCAUUGAUCUGCUCUGAAAUGGCUUUCAUGGAUCAUCUCGUUCAGGUGUUUUUUUUUUUUUUACCACAGGUGAUACUAGAUGUGAUAAACCAACUGAAAUAAGCCUCUUUGUAUCACCUACAUUCAGUCAUAGCUGAGAAGAAUUUGAAAGAACCAACAGUUCGCUUCAAUUUACUUUAUUAUAUGGUUGAGUUUUAUUCAACCUUAAUAGACAACAUUUUUGAACAGUCAAACAGACAUCAUUCCAUAAUAAUAAACCGUUUUGAUGUAGCGGCACUAUUUUGCUUCAUGCGUUGCUUUACAAACCUAAAUGUAAAUGAAGCAGGUUCGGUUAAAAAGUGAAUUAGAUGCAAUCAUGUCAUUUUUUUGAAGUAAGAAAUAAAUAUGUUUUAUCAAAACCA